GAGUUGAGCUGUAACCCUUUCUUCUCGGGACUUGUGUUGUGUGCGGCAUUGCCGCUUGUCUCUCCUGUGUGCUGGGCAGAAGGAACCCAAAGCAGUUGACCCCUUAGUCCCUUGUGCUCUCCCCACUGCUCAUCGGAGAGGCUGACACUCUCGCUGGCUGUGCUGGUUUUUUUUAAGCAGGUAGGAUGGGCUGUCAAUCAGAGAAAAGGCAAAGGCGGCCCCCAGAGAAACAGCAGGAGGUGACUGGGUCAUCCAAGAACCUGCCCUUCUUAGGAAAAUCCUUCUACCUGGACCUGCCGAACAACAAGAAUGUGGAGUUUCUGGUGGUGACAAUAAAGCAGCUGGGUGGGGUGAUUGAAAGCUUCUUGAGUAAAGAAAUCAGCUAUGUGGUUUCCAGCAGCAAAGAGGCCAAACUGGACAGCGGGCCUCGGAGACAGACUGAGAAGCGGAGCAGUGCAGCUUCAGGGGAUGCCAAGGCAAAGACUCUGCCCAAAGGGAGCCAUGCGGGGCCUCACCACAAGCCAGCAGAUAGUGCUCUGAUCAGCAGGGGGAAGGAGCUGCUGCAGAAGGCCAUGAGGAACCAGGACUCCAGCAGUGGCAGUAGUAUCCUUGCCAAUGCUCGCUCCUGGGGGGUUCGGAUCUUGCAUGUGGAUGAAAUGAUGGCCCAUGUGCAGCAGCUGCUGUUCCGUGUGUCAGGAGCAAGGAAGCAGAGUGAGAAGAUGAUGGUGAAGUGUUUCUCAGUGGGGCCAGGAGUCCUUAAAGUGGGAAAACUGAAGCCCCCGUUUCUGAAGAUUGAGGACCGGAGCAGGAAAUUCCGGCCCUUCUAUCACCAAUUCAAGAGCUUCCCUGACCUGAACUUCCUGGCACCAAAUAGAUCCAGCCCAUUUGAGCCUCUGAAAACCCCCUCAAGCUCCUGCAGAGUCAGAGCCCCCGAGGGCUGUCUGACGCACAGUGAGAGAGAGAGGAGCCCCCGGUCCAGCCCAGCCGCCGCGCCCAAGAGGAGGAAGGGGUUUUGUGAAUGCUGCCAGGAGACCUUCGGGGAGCUGCAGAUGCACCUCCAGAGCCCCCGGCACAGGCGGUUCGCGCUGGACGCCUCUCGGUAUGCGGCCGUGGAUCAAGUCAUCGCCCAGCUCACCAACGACUUUGCAGAGAUCCCAGCCUGGUCCUCGCCCCCCAGGGUGCCCUGCUCUCCUGUGGCUGACGAGGAACUUUGUGGCUCUCAAGCAAAGGCUGUGGAAGGCCUGGGCACACCAGCUGCAGAGCUGGGACAGAAGCACCAGCCGGCCAGGAAGGACCAAGCAGAGCUGCGUCUCAGUGCAGUGGCCGUGCUGGGCAGGGAAUGCUCCAGGGGCCCAGAGGAGAUGCCAAAGGAGAAGGUCAGCCAGCUCCCUCCUGCUCAGGAAUUGCCAGCUGGGCACCCCCUGCUGGGGCUACGGGCUGAGAUGCUGCGAGCCAGGCCAUCUGCUAGCCCAGGGCCAGCUGGGAGGGCUCAUGCUUGGUGUCGGAACACGGACCCAUCUGCUGUUGGCAGCAGCCCCCACUGCACUGUUGUCUUAGCUACUGCUCCUGAUCUCAGCCGGUGGCCCCAGGCCAGCGAUGGAUUGACUGGAGAGGCAGCUGCUUGCUCCCCUGAACUUGUUCCCCAGGAUGCGCUCGAGCCCCUGAGUCACCCCCUGGGAGCAUCACCCCGCCCCAGGAAACGCAAACUCUCCGGCAGCCCUCGCCCGCGGCUGGGAAAGAAGCCGAGGAUCCGGCUGAGCAGCGACGCCCUGCAGCUGGAGAAGCAGAUGGGCCCGGAGCACUGCAGCUCAGUUCAUCGGGGUGCGGAGGGGGCUGCUGGCACUGCUCCAUCUGGUGCUCCUGGAGCAGAGCUCUUGCUGCUUUCCAGCAGGCUCUGCAGCUUCCCUGCCUCCGGGAGGCCUCAGGACAGUACCCGUGUGCUGCCCGAGCCUGUGCCCAUGGCUAUAGACGACACCGAGGCCACCCUGGCAAGCACAGCCACUCAGCAGAGCUGGGAGAGAGGGACUCCAGAGGGGCAGCCUACAGAGAAGGCCCCGGAGCCUCCCUGCUGUGUGGCUGGCUCUGGCCUUGAGCUGCAAUCGCCUACCUGGGACAAGGCCAGCUGUUCUGCAGUCCAGCCGGCCCUCCCACGCCUGCCAAUCCCCCAGGCCAGGCACUUGCGCUGUACUGAAGUAGCUGAAGGUGCGCCACCCACCAGCAUAGACCUUGGUGAAAGCAUCCUCCAGCCUGCCCCGAAUCUGGGGCCAUCACCCUCUUCUUCCGAGUCGGACUGGGACGGCCAACUGCUCUGCUCACUGGACACGCUGCAGGGCACCAGGAACCGGCCGGUAGACCUGGAGGUGCUCCGGAGGACCUGCAUCAGCGUCCGAGACAGCGGCUACGAGUCCCAUCUCUACUCGGUCCUGAAGCAGAAGUCUGAGCUGGACUGGGCAGGCAGAGAUGACCAGAGCUGUCGGAACUGUUGCGUGGAAACGGAAGGAGCCCCUUUCGCUGUCUUUGAGGCCUGCCUGGGUAGCUGGACCAGCUAGCCACUCGCUGCACAGACCCCUUCCAGUGCUAGAGCUCCCCCCACUCCCCCAAGCUCGGCUGCAAAGGGAGCCUCCCCAUGGCUCUGGCAAACCGCCUUCCCCACAGCCAUCAGAAGGCACAAGCCUGCCUGGAGCCAGUCUGUGGGCACUGGAAUAAGACCCGUGAUCAUUACUGGCUGCAAAUGGAGGGUGGGGCUGAGCCUGGAGGCUUCGGGCAAGAUUUGGUUCACUUGCUUGUGAGUCUCGGCCGCAGGCUGGGCUCUCCAGCAGGGCCAUGCUAGCCCUGUCUUUCCAUGGGGACAGACCACGGCCUGGCCAGGCCUUGACCAGCCGUGGCCUGGCUCUCUCCUCUCCCCUCAGUGGAGCGACCAGGAAGCAGACUCCCUUGCCUAGACUAGACUGCACCAUGUGUCCAGCUGCUCGACAGUGGCUUUUGAAGGGCCUGUUGUGUUUCAUUAGCACUGCUCAUACAUGUAUCUCCUGUGCUCUCAAUCACCCUCUGCAGCCUGCCCCUGGCGGAGGGGGACGGGAGCACUUAGUACCAGGAAAACAACAUUCCCUUAGCCAGUGGCCUGGCCUAGCAAGUGUGCAGCUAGCCGCUGCAGGGCUGGUGGAGGUGGGAUGCACCCCAUGUCUGAUCUGCAGCCGGAGCAGGGGUUUUCUCCCCUCUUCCCAUGCAGCAGAAAGGCAGGCAGUCAAUGCUGCCGUUCUCUCGCCCAGAAAGAGCUGCUGUCCUCUAGAAGUGACUCUGCUCUGAGCUCCUGCCAGCGUUCCCUGCUCUUUCUGCAUCUCCCUGGCCCCUUCCUACUUGUGGUGCAGUUAAUGGGGGGGGGAAAUGAGCCGCUGUCUGGAUCGAUUCCUCUUCCUGUUUUAGCUUCUGCUCUGUUCGGUGGGGCCACGGCUCCCUGUCUCUUGUCACCACUGGCCAUUGCAGAUGAUUGUGUUUAAAACUUCCUGCUUGUUUUAGAAACAAAUUAAAACUAAAAUAAACUGAGUGUAACGA